GGGGGUGUGGCAGGACUCCUCCCUUCCCGCUGGCUCUGAUUGGCUGCUCCGCGGUGACGUGGGACAUUUAGCUGUCUAGCGCUAUUAGAGCAGGUGAUUGGGGAACUGGGAGCAGAGAGUGACGGGCAGGAGCCAUGGCGAGUAACAGGGGGCAGCUGAACCAUGAACUCUCCAAGCUGUUUAAUGAGCUGUGGGACGCAGAUCAGAACCGGAUGAAGUCCGGGAAGGAUUAUCGGAUCUCCUUGCAGGGUAAAGCAGGGUACGUACCCGCCGGUUCCAACCAGGCCAAGGACAGCGCCUCGUUCCCGCUCUUCCAGUUCGUCGAUGAGGAGAAGCUGAAGAGCAGGAAGACGUUUGCAACCUUCAUUUCCCUGCUGGACAAUUAUGAGAUGGACACGGGGGUGGCCGAGGUUGUGACUCCGGAGGAAAUCGCUGAAAACAACAACUUCCUGGACGCCAUUCUGGAAACCAAAGUGAUGAAGAUGGCACAUGACUACCUGGUGAGGAAGAACCAAGCCAAACCCACCCGGAAUGACUUCAAGGUCCAACUGUACAACAUCUGGUUCCAGCUGUACUCACGGGCCCCAGGGAGCAGACCCGAUUCGUGCGGCUUUGAGCACGUGUUUGUGGGAGAAUCGAAGCGAGGGCAGGAGAUGAUGGGGCUUCACAACUGGGUCCAGUUUUACCUUCAGGAGAAGAGGAAGAACAUCGACUAUAAAGGAUACGUGGCUCGGCAGAACAAGAGUCGGCCGGAUGAAGAUGAUCAGGUGUUGAACCUGCAGUUCAGUUGGAAGGAGAUGGUGAAACCCGUCGGCAGCAGCUUCAUUGGCGUCAGCCCGGAAUUCGAAUUCGCCCUUUACACCAUCGUCUUCCUCGCGUCUCAGGAGAAGAUGAGCCGAGAAGUCGUUCGGCUGGAAGAAUACGAACUGCAGAUCGUCGUCAAUCGCCACGGCCGUUAUAUAGGGACCGCCUACCCCGUCCUCCUGAGCACCAAUAACCCGGAUCUGUACUGAGGGGGCGGGGCUAGAGAUCACAGCCGGUUCCCACGGUUUGGGUGCAUUUACUAACAAAACUGCACAUUUGCACCAAUGCAACAACAAUGCAACCAGAUGAUGGGGACAGGUUCAUAUCCCUCUGCUUUCCCUAGUGUGUGUGUGGGGCAGAUAUUUUUGGAAAGCGGAGGGACUUCAAAUCCCAGAAUCCAAGCUGGCCUCUCACAUUAACCCUAUAACUGCCACUCACUGCACCAGACCCAUUAUUUAACCCCACAAGGGACAUCAAGCCAGUGCCUUGUUAUGAGAGAGCGCAGCCGGGGCUUCUCUACUGUGAAACUUCUGUAUUGUAUAGAGUUUACUUGGUUUCUUCCUCCAGACAAUUUCACUUUUUUUUUUGGUUUGCCUUUAACCAUUAAAAGUCCAUGACAUUUCUGUGUCCGAUGAGAAUCA